CUUUAGCUCUGAGAUUUAGCUGCACACACCCGCACUUCCAAGUCCCAAGACAAUUGCAAACUUCUCCUGGCUCGCAUCAUACCUGCUUAUCGCGCAUUCCAAUUCAGAAGUACCUGACACUCAUGAUAUGAGCACGAUGAUGCUUCAAUCACACUUGAGCCUUAGCUGCGGUCCCCGAGGGGGCGUACCAGGCCUGGUCACCGUGCCAGGGUUCACUGUGCCCAAUGCGCGGACGUGGCACCAGCGACGGCCGGAUGGCAGGCGGCAUGUUCAAUGGCGCUGUCCUACAGCAACACCGCCACAGUCGCCUGCGGGAGCCGUUGCCCCGGACUUGCCCGGCACCUGCACACCGGACCCAAACAUAGCAGCCUGGGAGCUGCUGCGAGACUUCACUCUGAAGGAGUUCCGCGGCAUUGCCCAGGCUCCGUACCUGAGCUCGGCUGCAAGCAGGCAGCGGCUCCGGGAAGCCCUCAAGCUUGCCUACUCAGACCCCAGCGUGCCGGCCGGCUGGCUGGGUGCAGGCCACCCGGACGUCGAGGUGUUGCUGGGGGUGGUGGCCAGCGACGUCAAGUUCGCGGCGCGGGCGUAUCGCGACUGGUGCGAGGAGCUGCAGCUGGAGCUGGUGAAGCCCGACUCACGGGUGGAUGGCGUGGUGGACGCAAUGCAGGUACGCGGCGGUGUGUACCUAAAGUACAACUCCAAAACCAAGCUGUGCUACGUCAGCCGCUAUGACGGAAAGGACCGCGGCGUGCUGAUCCAGCUCGGGCAGUUGCAGUUGGGGCAUUUCCCACUCGGGUUCUUUGAUGAAGCCAUGUCGAAGCCACCACCGAGCUUCUAAGGUGUAGUCAUUGAACUUGACGUUUGCGCAAGGUCAUAGCCUCAUACGUGCUGUCAGGUUAUGUGCACGGGAGCGGGCCCUGCAACGCAGCGCACCCUCAGCGUGUACGGAUACCCCUCGGCGGCUGCGCGGCCAUGCCGGUGUCCGGUGGCUUUGCGAAGAUUAAGGAUGUGCGGCUGUGUGUUUUUGUUACGCGAUUGUGCUCUAUGACCCGCGUCGUGAUGAUUUUGCUGGUGUCGGCGAACAGUGUCCGACGGAUUCAUGGCAAGAAAUGCUUUGCAGUGCGCCGCGCAACUAAUAUGCAACGGACAUAUUGCUAAUGCCUGGCUCCGCAAGGAUGCCUUUAUGGGGCUGGCGUGAGGUGUCCAUGCCGCGUGGACGCACCCCAGCGUGGGCCGCGUGGGCGGGGACAUCGACUGUGUAGCGGUGUGCGCGACUGCUAAACCCAGGUCCAGGGCUUAAUCCGGACAAGACGAAGCAUUGAAAGGAGCACAGUCCCAAAACAUUCAUAAGGUCAGGACUCCAAGACGGUGUGAAAUUCGGCAAGGUGAUGUCAAGAGUUGAAACCGGACGCUUUUGCGCGUCCUCUUUCCCUAGGGAACAUCUUUCUAUGAUACUGUAUAGUACAUGUGAAUGAUCACAAGCAAAUUGACACCUUUCCCACAUUACGAUUUCCAAGGCUCGCCGAAGCGAGCGGAACAGUCGGUUAAAGCGGCCACUGUG